GGCAUCAUUAAGGAGUACCAGAGUGACGCUGGAUGUCACAGUGACCGGAGGAACAGUCGAUCUAUCCAGCCCCCAGCUGUCCUCACGCCACCGUCCUCUCUCUACACUAGCCUUCCCUAUCUCCCUCGCUGCUCAAGGUACCACCAUGGAAGUGGUUGUGGUGGUGGAGAACUUCCUGGCGGGGACUAUGGUCCCGUGUCGGCGCCUGGUGGACUCUUACGAACCCGGGACGGGCGUGGUGUGGGCCAAAGUCCCGGAGUCCGGCAAGCUGGAGGUGGACGCCGCCGUGGCAGCGGCCAAGAGAGCGCUUCCCAAAUGGUCGAGAACAACGGCUCAGGAACGCGCCAAGUACCUCCUGAAGGUGGCUGACCUGCUGGAGGCGGAAAUGGAGGCGUUCGCCGUGGCCGAGUCCCGCGACCAGGGUAAGCCACUGUGGCUGGCCAGAACGGUCGACGUGCCCAGGGCGAUCUUCGACCUCAGGCACGCCGCCCACGCUCUUCAACAUCUCCUCGCCACGUCGAGUGUGCAGUCGGAGGCGGACGUGGUGAGCUACGUGCUGCGGGAGCCUGUGGGUGUGGUGGGCAUCAUCUGCCCCUGGAACAAGCCGCUCUGUGGGCUGACGGGCAAGCUGGCGCCCGCCCUCAUGUGUGGCAACACUGUCGUGGCUAAACCCUCACAGCACACAUCUGUCACCUCAUAUAUGCUCUGCAAGCUUAUCCAAGAUGCAGGCUUGCCGGCGGGUACGGUCAACAUGGUGUUCGGCUCCGGUCCGGUGGCCGGGGAGGCGCUGGCCGCUCACAACGAAGUGUCCCUUCUGGCCUUCACUGGCUCCACCAAGUUGGGCAAACACAUCGCUUGUAUCGCCGCUUCUCUCCUCAAAAGGUUUUCUCUUGAGACGGGCGGGAACAACGCCGCCGUGGUCUUCAAGGACUGUGACCUCAACCUGUGCAUCGACACCCUCAAACGUAGCUCCUUCCUCAACCAGGGCGAGACGCGUCUGUGUACCACCCGGAUAUAUGUGGAGGAGACGCUCUAUGAGGAGUUCUUGGACUCCUUUGUCGAGGCUGUCAGGGAGCUCCGAGUGGGACCGCCAUCUGACGAGAAUGUGUUCAUGGGGGCGAUGGUCUCCAAGGACAACCUGGAGACGGUCCGAGGCUUCGUCAACUUAGCGCUGGAGGAGGGCGGGGCGGUGCUGUGUGGCGACGACAUUGAGAGUUGCUCUCUUCCAACCGAAAAUAAAAAUGGCUUCUUCAUGCGGCCGACGGUCAUCAGUGGACUGCAGGACGAGAGCCGCUGCAUGCAGGCGGAGAUCCGGGGUCCCGUAGUGUGCGUCCUGCCCUUCCACAGCGAGCAGGAAGUCGUCCGCCGGAUCAACAGCUCAGACUCCGGCGUCGGCGCCUGCGUCUGGACCUCCAGUCUGGGCGUGGCCCACAGGGUCGCCCGCAAGCUCAAGGCGGAGACGGUGUGCACCAACUGCUGGUCGUCGUCAGAGCAGAACGCGCCCUCAGGGGAGGCCAGGGACGGCGGCAGGGGCGCCCUUGGCACCCAGAAGCAUCUCCAGCUCUUCACACAAACCAAGACCAUCACUACCCUCGUCCCGCAGAAGGAUGAUGAGGAAGAUACAGAGUAACGAGAGAAAAGAAAAAUAUCAUGAUUAUCGUGCCUCAACCAUGCUUGACCGUUCACCAAUUACAAAUGAAUUCCGCCUACUUUUUAUAUAUAUAUUUUUUAUUUUCAAGCGCGUAGAUAACUUCUCACUAUAGCAUUCAUUCCCUUUCAAUGGCUCGUGUAUAAACAUCACACUACUCGUUUCCCCCUAGAACACGAUAUGACCAUCGGUUUACAACCAUGCAUACACAAUUUGUGCUGGGGUGAGCAAGGGGUUGAACAGCUAACAAGCGGUAUACCCAGUCGUUUCCUUCCUGCCCAGGGGAUUCGAACCCGGGCCCGACAAUAUAUUACUCCCAAGAGCCGAGUUUGGCUCCGAUACUUAACUAUAUUCGUCUCUCUCUCCUAAAUCUUCAGCUCCGAGAACGGCUCAUCUUGGCUUCCUCUGACUUCCAUAAGCCUUGAGGCCUGUUAACUUGUAGAUUGUAUGUGUGUGUGUGUGUGUUUGUGUGUGUGUGUGUGUAAAGAAACACUAGGGAAUUCAAACAUAUUUGCUGCAAAUACCAGCGGGAGAAAUUAAUUUGUAGAUAUACAAAUAUACAAUAUAUCUAAUUAACGACAUGAAUUCACACAAAAACAACAGGAUUAUAUUAGUGGUGAAUCAAGAUGAUAUAUAAAUAUGUCUGUAAGUAGAGGUGAUAUGCGAUAUACACAACAAGGUACUGAAGACAUGAUGUAAAUGAGAGAGUACUGAAGACAUGAUGUAAAUGACAGAGUAAACAUGAUAUUAUAGAUAUUUUACUGUUGGUAAAGUACAGGCAAAAAAUAUAUCUAAUCACUUGGAAGAUGAAACACCCAACUAAUGUAACAUUUAAAAUGCCAUAAAACAAUAUAUUUUGUCGUAAUAAUCAUUAACAAUAAUAACAACAGCUUAGAGCUUCAGUAAUUAACACAACUAUAUAAUGUGCUGAUAAAUACAGUUAUAUUAAGCUUAGGACAUAACUAAUAAUAGCAUUUUAUUUAAAAAAAAAAAAACCAUUAUUGCAUGAUACAAGGAGCCAGAAUGUACAAAUUCAUUUGUACAUGAAUUUGUACAGUUGUAUUUGAUGUAUGUGCAUUUGUUAUUUGAAGGCAUGACACAUGUAGAAUUAUUAUCACUCAUGUAAAUAAACAGAAAGUCAAGAAGCCGGCUGUCUGGGAUGUACUGGUUUCUAAACAUCUGUGUUGGAUCUCUUACUUGUGUUUAGAGAAAGUUCCACUUUUACUGAAUUGGAACUUAAUCAAGUAUCUUGUUUCAUCUUUUGUUUUUUAAGAGAAUUCUGUUUUAAAUAUGUAUCCUACAGAUGUUAGUCCUUUAUGUUCAAAUUGGUGGCUUUUUGUAUUUAUCUGUUUCACUUUUUUGCAGAAUUUUGUGAUAGCCUCUUACAGUAUUUAAUAAUGGAUAAUAAUUUAAUAAUGGAUAGCCUCUUACAGAAUUUGAUAGAAUCCUCAGACCAUUCCUUAGAUUGCUUCUCCAUAUCACUUGUUAACGUCCCAAAAGAUAUGAAAUAUAUUUAUUUCCCCUUCUCUGGAUAUUUGAGUUAUGAGAUUAUAAAGCAGUUAUCCAGCCUACUUCCAAAUAAUUAUCCCCAGAUUAACUUUGUUUUUGUAAAUUCCAGUACUAUUGGGAACCGGUUUGUAUACAAAGCUCCCAUUUAUACUUCUUUAUGUGGUAACACAGUGCUCCAGUACACAGUACACAUGUUCUGAGUGUACUGUCUGAUGUAGUACUGGAAUCAUAUUUUGUCCUUUUUGUAUUAGAAUCUGUGAACAAAGGUGUGUGGUGAAAUAAUCCUUCCCAGUGUUAAACCACCUCAUUCCCUUGUUAAGGCUCGUGUAUUAUCAUUUGUGUCAAAUGAUAAUACACGAGCCUUAAAUUUUAACACAAUAAAUUUACUUUGAGCCUUAAAUUAUGACACAAAUUUAUCAUAAAUUUGUGUCAAAAUAUUAAAAAAUUCUAGCUAAAUGUUCUAAUAAACUUGAUCUAAGGAU